UUUAUUUCUAAAAGAAAAGAUAAAAAGUUAAAAAAUGAUCACGUUAUCACAUGGAUUAUUCAGCUAAAAAAAUCACAUGUGUCUCCGAAAAUCAGAAUCAGAAUCAGCAUCAAUAUCGGCAUCGCUAUCUCCAAAACCAUACUUCUUCUUGUUGUUCUGUCGCAUCUUCCUUUCUCUUUGUUCAGUCUUUUUUAGCGAAAGAAAAACUUUGACUUUUCAGAUUCAUCAAUUCUUCUCUCUUUCUCAGUCAAAUUAAUUCCUCCAGCUCAAACACAAUCGCGCGCGCCAAACAGUACUUAUUGUUGACUUUUGGAGAAUCUCUACACUGACCAACAUGAGUGUAGAUCUGAAGAAAACUGCCACUAAUGGCCAUGAGAAAAUAUUAAUACCACAAGAACAGCAGGGAAAGAUCAACGAGAUGAGAAAGCUAAUAGGGCCGCUGUCUGGUAAGGCGUUGGUUUAUUGUUCUGAUGCAUCCAUCGCGAGGUAUUUAAGGGCACGGAAUUGGAAUGUCAAGAAGGCAGCUAAAAUGUUGAAGCAGACCCUUAAAUGGAGAGAAGAAUAUAAACCAGAACAGAUUCGCUGGGAAGAUGUUGCUCAAGAAGCAGAGACCGGAAAGAUCUACAGAUCAAAUUAUAUUGACAAGCAUGGGAGAACAGUACUUGUAAUGAGACCCGCUCGUCAGAACUCAAAGUCAACAAAAGGACAGAUUAAGUAUUUGGUGUACUGCAUGGAGAAUGCGAUUCUAAAUCUUCAACAAGACCAGGAACAGAUGGUUUGGCUGAUUGAUUUCCAGGGUUUCAAUAUGUCACAUAUAUCUAUCAAAGUGACACGCGAAACUGCUCAUGUCUUACAAGAACAUUAUCCUGAAAGGCUCGGUCUGGCAAUACUGUACAAUCCACCGAAAAUCUUCGAGCCAUUCUUCACGAUGGUAAAGCCCAUAUUAGAGACCAAGACCUAUAACAAAGUCAAGUUCGGUUAUUCUGAAGAUCAGAACACCAAGAAGAUUAUGGAGGAUUUGUUUGAUCUGGACCAUCUUGAAUCCGCAUUCGGUGGGAAUGAUACUACACCAUUUGACAUAAAUAAAUACGCUGAGAGAAUGAAAGAAGACGAUAAGAAGAUUCCGUCAUUCUGGACAAGGGAAACCUCUCCAUCCUCAGUUCCAAUUGACGUUCCUUCUUUAGAUUCCAUUAAACUAGACACCGAUUCUGAUGCUUCUGACAACGAGAAAAUAGUUCGUUCUUCUGACUCUGUGGUGGACACCGGCUUAGUCAACCCUGAUCAAAACUCGACCAAUCAAGAGGACCUGAAUGCGAGUGCUGCUGUGCAUUAGAAUGAGAAAUUAAGUACACAACUCAGCGUCAAAAUUUAUAUAUAGGUACUGAGGUUAUACAAUGCUGAGACAUUAUUUUCUUGCUUGAAAUUUAGAUUCAAGAGACAUUUUGUUAACUUGAUGUUGGAUUUAAGAUGACAGAUGAUUUUACUUGAUGGGUUAAUAUUCUAACCUUUUAAAUAGGCAUGGAAUGGUUACUCUUUACAAUAUAUAUCUCAAUUCUGCUCUAA